AUGAAUGCCACAAAUUUUCAUAACUGGGUUAGUCACAAAUUGAAAAAUAAACUAGCUCCUAAUUCAGUGGUCGUAAUGGACAAUGCCUCCUACCAUUGUGUACAGGUAAAGAAAAAACCUACUAUGUCAAGUUUAAAAAGGGACAUGCAAGAUUGGUUACGCGAACGUAAUGUUGAAUUUACACCAGAUAAUACAAAAGCCGAACUCUUUCAUUUGAUAAAUAGAACUCAGUCCGAAAAAAUUUACGUCAUUGACGAAAUAUUAAAGGCUUCAGGUCAUAUCGUUCUUCGCCUUCCGCCAUAUCAUCCUGAUCUCAACCCCAUUGAGCUUGUGUGGGCCGAUAUAAAGAACAAUUUAGCUACAAAUUAUAUAAAUACUUCAUUGGACGACAAAAUUCCAAUCAUCACAAAAUUGUUUUCUGAAUUCACUCCAGGAAGAUGGCAAAAGUGUGACGACCACGUACAGAAAAUCGAGAACCAAUAUUGGGACCACGAUAUGAGGUUUGACAAUGUAAUAGACGAGUUGAUCAUAAACCUGGGAAACGAUUCAGAUUCUGAGGAGGAUAUGGAAAUUGAAGACAUGUAUAGUAAUGAAGAAGAAGAAGAUAUGGAUUAA